GGGUGGCUCGGAGGAUGAGCCGGUGGCGGUGGCGGCGGCGGCGGCUGCUGCAGCGGCGGCACUGACGGGACGACACGAGCUCUAUGCCUUUCCGGCUGCUCAUCUCGCUCCUGUGCGCGCUGCUGCCCCUGCACCAUGGUGCGCCAGGCCCCGACGGCACCGCGCCCGACCCCGCCCACUACAGGGAGCGAGUCAAGGCCAUGUUCUACCACGCCUACGACAGUUACCUGGAAAAUGCCUUUCCCUACGAUGAGCUGAGACCUCUCACCUGUGACGGGCACGACACCUGGGGCAGUUUUUCUCUGACACUGAUUGAUGCUCUGGACACUUUGCUGAUUCUGGGGAAUGUAUCCGAAUUUCAAAGAGUGGUGGAAGUGCUCCAAGACAACGUGGACUUUGACAUUGAUGUGAAUGCCUCUGUAUUUGAAACCAACAUCCGAGUGGUGGGAGGACUCCUGUCUGCUCAUCUGCUGUCCAAGAAGGCCGGGGUGGAAGUGGAGGCCGGAUGGCCCUGCUCUGGGCCUCUCCUGCGGAUGGCCGAGGAGGCAGCCCGAAAACUCCUCCCAGCCUUCCAGACCCCUACGGGCAUGCCCUACGGAACGGUGAACCUGCUUCAUGGUGUGAAUCCAGGAGAGACCCCUGUCACCUGUACAGCAGGGAUCGGGACCUUCAUUGUGGAAUUUGCCACCCUGAGCAGCCUUACCGGUGAUCCUGUGUUUGAAGACGUGGCCAGAGUAGCCCUGACGCGCCUCUGGGAGAGCCGGUCAGAUAUUGGGCUGGUCGGCAAUCACAUCGAUGUGCUCACUGGCAAAUGGGUAGCCCAGGAUGCAGGCAUCGGGGCUGGCGUAGACUCCUACUUUGAGUAUCUGGUGAAAGGAGCAAUCCUGCUUCAGGAUAAGCAGCUCAUGGCCAUGUUCCUAGAGUAUAACAAAGCCAUUCGGAAUUACACCCACUUCGAUGACUGGUAUCUCUGGGUGCAGAUGUACAAGGGGACCGUGUCCAUGCCAGUCUUCCAGUCCUUGGAGGCCUACUGGCCUGGUCUUCAGAGCCUCAUUGGGGACAUUGACAAUGCCAUGAGGACCUUCCUCAACUACUACACUGUGUGGAAGCAGUUUGGGGGUCUGCCAGAAUUCUACAACAUUCCUCAGGGAUACACAGUGGAGAAGCGGGAGGGCUACCCACUUCGGCCUGAGCUCAUCGAGAGUGCAAUGUACCUCUACCGCGCCACAGGGGAUCCCAUCCUCUUAGAACUCGGGAGAGAUGCCGUGGAGUCCAUUGAGAAAAUCAGCAAGGUGGAGUGCGGGUUUGCAACAAUCAAAGAUCUCCGGGACCACAAGCUUGACAACCGGAUGGAAUCUUUCUUCCUGGCCGAGACUGUGAAAUACCUCUACCUUCUGUUUGACCCAAACAACUUCAUCCACAACAACGGCUCCACCUUUGACUCUGUGCUGACGCCCUAUGGGGAGUGCAUCCUGGGGGCUGGGGGGUACAUCUUCAAUACCGAAGCCCAUCCCAUUGACCCGGCUGCCCUGCACUGCUGUCAGAGGCUGAAGGAGGAGCAGUGGGAGGUAGAAGACUUGAUGAGGGAAUUCUAUUCACUCAAACAAAACAGGUCAAAAUCUCACAGAAAGACAGUGAGUUCCGGGCCCUGGGAACCCCCAGCAGGGCCCAUCACCCCCGCCUCUCCUGAGAACCAUGACCAGGUAAGAGAGAAGAAGUCUACCAAGCAGAGAAGCCCACUGCUCAGCUGCCCCAGCCAGCCUUUUACCUCUAAACUGGCACUGCUGGGGCAGGUUUUCCUCGAUUCCUCUUAACCACUGGAAGAUUUCCCGUUUUUGUUAUUUGAGACUAAACUGUUAUAAUAAAUCUGCUUUGGGCUAUCAGGUUUUA